UUCUCUCAAACUCAGAUAUGGAGGAUCCGAGUCGCCUACCUCGCCCAACUCAAUUCCAGUACCAUCGUCUACAUUCUCACUCGCUCCAGGCUCCGACCCCAUCAUCUCUGCCGUCGAAUCCACGCCGUGUUCGCCACUUCACUCCGCCGCCGGACGAUGAAGAUUCCAAACCUUUAAGCCUCUCCGAUAAGCCUCUCAGUUCACGCGCCGACGCCUACGCCGCUUUUUCUAAGCUUGAGUUGGGGAGGAUUAAAGAAGAAGCGGAUGACUGUGAGGCUCAGACUAGUGGGCAGGCAACUGCUGCUGACCAAAAGAAAGUACUUAAUGAUCCUGUAUCCACUAUACCAAAGUCCUGGAGAGGUGUACAGAAGAUCAGUAAAUCAAAGGUUGCUAAGCCUAUCAAAUCUGAGACUGUAAAUGCGGAGUCUCAACAAAAUUGCCAAAAAAAUACAAGCAAUUUCUGCCCAGUUGACAAACAAUUUCUGCCCAGUUGAUGAGAAAAUGGGAAUAAAUUAAUUAGGCAAUUUCUGGAAUGCGCCCUGCGUAUGGUGCGCCCCAAACGGACUGUUCACGGAGGGGCAAAAUGAUCAUUAAAUCUUUCGCAAACGACAAGGUAGUUGCAGUGGGUAAAAAACUCUUUACUGUGGCGCCAAU